AUGUCUGCAAACAAUGCUCCCCAGCCUGUGAAGCUUUCACUUCCGCUCGAAUACCAGCAGAGCUUAUUCCAGGAGCUUCGCGCCGACGAUGAGCUUGUCGUGAUCGCCCGUGGUCUUGGGUUAAUGCGCCUUGUCAACAAUCUCCUCCACUCCUACGACGCGGCUGGCAGCAACUUGAUUGUAGUAGUCGGCGCUGAUGAUCGAGAAAAUGGUUGGAUUGGAGAAGCAUUGGCCGAGCAUGCGGCCAUCAGCAUGUCGCCCAAGGCGCGUGGCUUGACGGUCGUCAACACAGAUUCCCAGAGCGUUGGUGCAAGAGAAAAGAUUUAUACUAAGGGUGGAAUAUUCAGCAUCACGUCGCGCAUUUUGGUCGUGGAUCUUCUCACAAGCUUGCUCAACCCCGAGUCCAUCACAGGCCUUGUUGUGCUCCACGCCGAUCGUGUCAUUGCAACAUCCCUUGAAGCUUUCAUCCUAAGAGUUUACCGCCAAAAGAACAAGAUCGGUUUCCUAAAAGCCUUUUCCGAUAAUCCCGAUCCUUUCACGACCGGCUUUUCCCCUCUGGCUACUAUGAUGAGAAACCUUUUUCUUCGAAAAGCCUCUCUAUGGCCUCGAUUUCAUGUCACAGUUGCGCAAUCCUUGGAAGGAAAGAAGAAGGCCGAGGUGAUAGAACUCGAGGUCCCAAUGACAGACUCCAUGCGUGAUAUCCAGACCGCCAUCAUGGAGUGUGUCGAAGUCAGCAUUCACGAGCUCAAGAAAGGUAACAGCGGCCUGGAAAUGGACGACUGGAACCUCGACAGUGCUCUUCUCAAGAACUUUGACGUCAUCGUACGACGGCAGCUUGAUCCUAAUUGGCAUCGGGUGAGCUGGAAGACGAAACAGAUUGUCAAUGAUCUGACGGUACUAAGGGGCAUGCUCAAUUCGAUCUUAUCUUAUGAUGCUGUUUCCUUCCUCCAACAUCUCGAUACCAUACAUGCAGCUCACUCUCCGCCGCCAGGGUCGACUCGACAAAACCAGUCACCAUGGCUUUUCCUUGACGCCGCCCAAACCAUUUUUGACACUGCAAGACGUCGAGUAUAUUCCGCUAGCGCCAGGGAUGCAGCUCGGGAGGAUAACAUUGACUCCUUGAGGCCCGUUCUUGAGGAGCUUCCUAAAUGGGCAUUGUUGGCAGAAGUCCUAGAGGAGAUCGACCGCGACUUGUAUUUUGAGCCUCCUAUCCGAGAUGAUUCCAAUGGCACCAUUCUCGUGAUGUGCUCAAAUACUGACACGUGCCGCCAGUUACGAGACUUCUUGCAGACAAUGCACGUCAAGCCCAAGACGGAGAAGCGGGUGAACGAGGACGAGGAAGACGAAGAUAAGCCCUCUGCAGCUUUCAUGAUGCGGAGACGCUUGCGAAACUACCUCAAAUGGAAGAGGCAAUUUGCUCAGGUCAGCGCCACUCUAUUUUCUGAAAACCAAAAGGCUCUCAAUGGUGCUACUGACACCCGCCCGGGUUUUGGAGGGUUGAGGGGCGGGAAGGCUCCUGCAAACAAGAGGCGUCGAAUGCGCGGUGGAGGCAACGCCGGUACAAGCAUGGGUCGCGCUGAGAACGGCAGCAUCAUGCAGUAUAUCGAAAAGCCAGGAGAGGUUGCCGAUCUGAUGGCGGAGGUACAAAUCACGGUAGAGGAAGCCCAACAGAAAGAAGAGGUUGUGUCGGACCCUCUCGACAAUAUGGAAGAGUACUUCAAGAUGUACGAUAUGCAAGAUCUUGUCGUUGUUCAUGCAUACGGCGGAGAUCAAGACGAGCAUGUCCUCGAGGAAACGAAGCCCCGCUACAUCAUCAUGUACGAGCCCGAUGCCGCUUUCAUUCGUCGAGUUGAAGUAUACCGAUCCUCACACAACGACAGGAACGUGAGGGUAUACUUCAUGUAUUACGGCGGCUCAGUCGAGGAGCAGAAGUACUUGUCAUCCGUCCGCCGAGAAAAAGAUGCAUUCACCAAAGUCAUCAAAGAAAGGGCAAGCAUGUCACUUGUCAUGACAGUCGAUCCAACAGAGGAUCCUGAAGAGGCGUUCCUCCGUACCGUCAAUACCCGAAUUGCUGGUGGUGGAAGGCUGGCUGCAACAGCUGAACCACCGCGUGUGGUGGUAGACGUACGAGAAUUCCGCUCCUCAUUACCUUCGCUUCUUCAUGGUCGCUCCAUGGUCAUUGUCCCAUGUAUGCUCACUGUUGGAGAUUACAUUCUGUCACCGAAUAUCUGUGUGGAACGCAAGUCCAUCAGUGAUUUGAUCUCGUCGUUCAAAGAUGGCCGACUCUACAGUCAGGCCGAGACCAUGUUUCAGUACUACAAGAAUGUGAUGCUUCUGAUCGAGUUUGACCAGAACAAGUCCUUUACCUUGGAGCCAUUCGCCGAUCUUUCCGGGAGCCUGAACAGUGUUGCCCCAACUAACAUGUCAUCCGACCUUCAAUCCAAACUUGUGCUACUCACUAUCGCAUUUCCCAAGUUGCGCAUCAUCUGGUCCUCUUCUCCCUACCAAACCGCCGAGAUCUUUGAGACUCUCAAGACUCAAGAAGAGGAGCCAGAUCCGAUCGCCGCCGUCAGAGCCGGUCUAGAUAAGGACACUCGGGCUGAGGAGCAGGCUUUCAACCAAGAACCACAGGAUAUGCUUGCCAUUGUGCCAGGUGUCACGCCGCAAAACAUCAAGAACUUGGUACUCAAAACAGAGAGUAUCCGUGAGAUUGCUAAUAUGUCUGUACAAGAAUUAGCGCCUCUGGUAGGCGCAGCAUCCGGGCGACAGAUCCAUGGGUUCUUUACCCGUAAUGUGAUGGAAGAGGACGACUAG